AUGAAUCUUAUCGACCUGAUCAAUUCCAAACUGGAGCUCUUUCGGCUCGAACAGCGGUACACACGCAGACGUAACCGCCGCAGCACAUUCGUUUCCGAAGCUCAAUACGUGGACGGAGAAUACAUCUACUCUCCCACAUCUCAACACUCUGUGAAGUGCAGUGCAGCUGGGAGCAGCGACAGCGAGGAGGUAACAGGAGUAGCCAGCAAAGAGGCCAAGAGCAGUAGGCGGAUGAGCAAGAUGGGACUCGACAAGAUGGACUGGCGCAAAGGGAGGGAUGGGAAGAGACAGAGCCGGGUGCACGUACGAGAAGUAAAGUGGGAUGAGGGUGUGCGCAGUUGA